AUAUUCUGUUAAAUUCAUAAUUUUUAGUAACAUUUUUUUUUGCAUACUAAAAAUGAAUACUGAAAAGUUGCAUUAUGUUUUCAAAUUCCCACGAACUAGACAUUUAUUUGAUGCUGGUGGUAACAGUGUAUCAAGAGAUGAUCUUGUACUUUCAAAAAAAGAAUGUGAGGCUUUUCUAAAAAAUCAAAAACUUAUAAUUGAAGAGAAAGUAGACGGUGCUAAUAUCGGAAUAAGCAUUAGGAAAGAUUUAUCUAUUGCUAUACAAAACAGAUCUCACUAUGUGUUUAGUAACACACAUAAGCAGUUUAAUGUUAUUGAUAGUUGGAUUGAUAAACAUAGUAAAACAUUGCAUUCAAUACUUGAACCUGAGCGUCAUAUACUGUUUGGCGAAUGGUUGUAUGCUAAGCAUUCCAUUCAUUACAAAUAUUUAAGUGAUUACUUUAUGGCCUUUGAUAUAUAUGACCAAAUAAAUAAAGUUUUUCUUUCAGUUGAAGAAAGAAAUAAUUUGCUAGAAAACACAGAAAUACCUCAUGUUCGGAAACUAGCAGAGGGCAUUAACUUCGAUACUGUAAAGAUAAUGGAUAUGCUAGAUAGCAAAUCUUCUUAUUAUGAUGGCUAUGUAGAAGGUUUAGUUAUUCGAAAACCAAUUGAAGAAAGAAUGGUAGAGAGAGAUUAUUUUACUAAUCGAGUAAAAAUUGUACGACCAGACUUCAUGCAAGCUAUUGAGGAACAAUGGACUAAACAAAAGUUUACAAAAAAUCAACUUUCUUAUUACUAAGUAGCUAAUGGAUUGGAAAUGUGGUUAUUUGCAAUUAAGUAAAAUUGAUGCCUAUAGAGGCACAUGGUAGUGCAUCUUGAGGUGUACAGUAUGCUAAAAAAGGAAUUAUUUGAAAAAUGCACUGCACCUUUCAAGAUUUUUUAAAAUCCCCCACUAUUUGUUUAUGACAUGUGCUUCUCCUCCCUUUUGUAUUAUAAACAAGGCAUAAACAAAGUUGGUAAUUUUCAAAAAAUAUGUGUAUUUUAAAUAUGUUGAUGAUAUUUUAAAAUAU